AUGGACAUCAAAAGUAAAGGAAGUUAAAAGAGUAGGAAAGAGCUGGGAGGUACAAAUGAAAUCAAUAUUUAGAUGAAUUGAGUUUGAAAGGGGUUUCCCUAUUUAAAUUAGAUGUUAAUUAUGACCAUUUGAAAUAAUUUUUGGAAGGAGUCUAAGGAGAUCUUGAUAACCAUACUGUUGAGAUUGAGGCAAUUAAGAAGUUAGUGGGGCCAAGCGAAAUUAUAUUAUUAGUUAUAAAAUUUUGUAUUUUAGAUUCAAGAAUAGUUUCAAUUGAUAAGUGAAUCAUUAUUGUUUACAGAUAAGGAUAUUGAAAAGGAAUUAUCAAGUUCUUUGCAUACCUAUAUAACUUAGAUUCAGGGAAAGUAGAAAUUUGGCAAAGGAGUUUUGGAGAAAAUAAUUACUGAAUUAAGGGGUAAACUAUUUUCUGUUGUUUCGAUGAUUCAACAAUUACAUAGAGAAAGAAUAGUAUGGAAUGAAUUUAUAAUUAGAGAUAAGAUUAACGUAUUACAAAAUUGGAAAAUGAUAUGCUUAUUAAAUAUGAUACUAAAGAUUGUAAGGAAAAAAUGAGAAAACAAAAGAACUAAUUAGAAUAAUAAAUAGAAGAAUUAUAAAAGAGUGGAAGAAAUGAAUUAGAUACAGUUGAGAAAAGAUUAUCAACAGAUAUUUAAAAAUUUGAGGAAGCUGUUAGAGAUGUAGAAAGGUUUAUAAAUAAUUAUGAAUAUAUAGAAAAACUCUUUGGAAAAUACAUGAUUGCUAAGAUCUUUUGUCUAAGAGAAUAAAUGAAGAAUUUGUUAAUGAAGCAAUUAGAAUAAGUGAGGAUAAAAUUUUAAAAGAAGUAUUUAUUAUAAAUUUGAAUAUAUAUAUAGAUUUAAUAAACAUAAAAUAAUGAACAAUUAAUUAAAUUUCAAUAAGAUAUUGCUUAUAUCAGAAGUCAAAUUAAAGGUUUAGAUGAUUUAGUAGGAGAGAAAUAGUAAAAGUUAAAAUUAUAAAUUAAUGAAAUGAAUGAAUUGUAAAUUUAGAAUAUAUCAAAAGAUUAAAAUAAAAAAUACAUCUGAUUGACAAAUUAGUUGAAUCAAAUAAAUAGUAAAGUGAUAAAAUUUUAGAUUUAAAUAGCAGAUUAGCAACUGCCAUAAAUAAAUUAGAUGUUUCUAAUUAAUUAGAUUAACAUAGAUAAAAAAUCAAAUAAUUAGAAGAUUCAAAUUAAAGAUUGAAUGAUGAAGCAAAAGAAAGAACUGAAGCAUUAAAAGAUAUGAAUUUGAAUGCUGAAAAUGUAGCAUAUCUUUUAUCUAAAAUUGAUCCUCAUAAAAUUUGUACACUUGAAGGUGACAUUAAAAAAUUAGAAGAAAUGUCAAUUAGAAAUAAUGUACAUUGGGAAACACUUGAUUCAGAAUUCAAAUAAAGAUAUGAUAGUUUUCAAUUCUUUUCUCAAUUGUAUUAACAAUAAUAAUAAUAAUAAAUACAAAAUUCAACAGAAGAACAAAAAUUUGUUACAAAAGAUGAGAUAAAUAGAAUGUUUGAGUAAUUUCAAUAAUAAGGAAAUAUUGAAGAUGAUAAAAUCAAAAAAAUAUAAAAGGAUUUAUAAGAUAUUGUUCACAAAGUUGAAAAUGCUAAUGAAAUUGAAAAAAGAGUCACAAGAAUAUUUAGAGAUUUAGAUAUAAAUGGUCUUAUAAACAAAGUAAAAAAUAAAGCCAAUGAAGAUGAUAUGAAAAGAGAACUACAUAAUUUAGAAACUAGAUUAGGAUAAGCAAUGGAAACAAUUAAUUAUUUAAGAAGAGAAAUUGAUUAAUUAUAAGGUAUAUAUAUUUAAUAUAAUGUAGUUUAAAUCAGGAAAACACCUAUGAAUAAUAAGUAAUCAGCAUCUCCACCAACAGAUUAGAUUAUUGGAGUUGGAGCAAAAAAGUUAUAUCCAAUAAAUUGUUUGAGUUGUAGUACAACUAAUCAAUAAAGAGUAAAAAUAAUUGUAAAAAAUUAGGUAAAAGGAACAGAUGGAAAAUAUUAUUAAGCUGAUAUUAAGAGAUACAAUAUUGAACAAUAAUAAUAGUUUUAGGAUAUUUAAGAUGAAUCUUAAUAAUUUCCUUUUUCAAAUUAUUUAUCAAGACCUUAAUCUGCUGUUGGUAAUAAAUCUCAAAAUGGAACAAAGAGACCAAUAAGUGCUAAGAAAUGA